UUUGUACCCUUUUGAACAUAAAGCGUGUUUGAAGUUUUGCAGUGGAGAGCUAUUUAGGCGAGAAAGAAACCUAAAAGAGGAAGAAAACUAAAAAUUAUGGCGUCAACUUCACCUUCUCUUCGAAUAUCCAUAACGCUUCAGAGCUGCAGAAAGCCCCUCUUUCCCACAACUCUCACCACUUCUUUCCGGCCGCGGCAGCUGCCUUCGCGCUCCGCCGGUCUCAGCUGCUCCAGCCGCCGUCGGGACGGCGGCAACCCUUCCCUAACUCCCAAGAAAAGCAACAAGAAAAAAAUUGCUAAGAAAGAAGUUGGAGAAGAUGAAGAUAUGGAUGAAGAUGCCUUCGAGGCGCUCUUUCGUCAACUUGAAGAAGAUCUGAAAAAAGAUGGGUUGGAUGGUGAAGAUGAUGAUGAUGAUGUAAGUGAGGAAGAUCUCGCGAAACUUGAAAAGGAGCUAGCUGAGGCUUUGGAGGAUGAUGACUUUUUAGUGGCAUUGGGCUCUGCUGCCCUUGGAGGUGUUGUGAACGAAGACGAAGAUGAUGAUGAAAAUGAAGAUGAUGAGGAAGAGGAAGAAGAAGAUGAAGGCGAAGAUAUUGAUGUUACUAACAAUGUGGAUGGAGAUGAAGUCGAUGAUGAUGACGAUGAAGAAGAGGAAAUGCCUGUGAAGCUUAAGAAUUGGCAACUCAGGAGGCUGGCGUAUGCAUUGAAAGAUGGUCGCCGCAAGACUAGUAUCAAAAAUCUUGCUGCUGACUUAUGCCUGGAUAGAGCCGUUGUCCUCAAAUUACUUCGCGACCCUCCUCCUAAUCUUGUCAUGUUGAGUGCUACACUGCCCGAUAAACCUGCGAAAACAGUCUUAGAUCCUGUGAGGAAACUCGAAGAAGCUGCUCCUUUGGAGACGGCUAUGGAGGCUGCGAAGCCUGAAGUUGAGGUCAAAGAGCCGGUCCAUGUGAUGCAAAGCAACUGGUCUGCUCGAAAAAGGCUGAAGAAAGUACAAAUCGAAACCCUUGAAGAAGUCUACAGACGAUCAAAGCGCCCAACUAAUGCCAUGAUCAGCAGUAUCGUGCAUGUGACGAACCUGCCCCGUAAAAGGGUGGUGAAAUGGUUCGAAGAUAAACGGGGAGAGGAUGGCGUGCCCGAACAGCGCCGCCCGUACGAGCCACGUGCUUCGGAAUCCGUCAUUACCAGCUAGAACAUCCCCUGCUCCUUUCCACCUUUUGAUGAAGAGGAAGACGAAAACCUGGAAGUAAAAUAGAGCUGAAACAUUCAUCAUUGAGCACAACAAAAUUUCAAUCAUAGAUAGGAAGAGAAAGCCACUGGCUAGCUCAGAUAUUUAAGAAAAGGACCAAAUGGAAUGAGAAAGAGCUUUUGUUUUGUUU